AUGAUCGAGUUCAUGGACUAUGUCCAAAAUGCCUUCUACUCGGCCUCGCUGUGGGACCAUGACAAUUCUUACAGCACCCUGACGGCCACGGCCAAUGUCCUCGUUCGUUGCGCUGACCCUCUGCCCAAGNCCCUUCUUGACUUUCAAACUCCCCAUGGCCUUCGUCUCCGUAUCUCGUCACUGUCAGCGCCUGGCUUUGCGACAUCGUACACUCUCUCCAACAGAGGCUUUGUCGAUGGCUCCAUCUCCUUCCUCUACUCGUCCAUGCCUAUGCGCAUUCCUUCCCAAAGCAGCAUCAUAGACUUGCGCAAUCUGGUCAGAGGUUACAGACACCUUCCCGAGUUACGCCGCCCCGACGAGACGUAUCUAUGGGAGAUCUGGCAGGCUGGAAGGAGGAUCGAUAAGAAGGACACUCUGCUGUACGGCCGCCUGUACCUGCCCACAUCCACCCUCGAGGCCUUGUACUUGCGUCGCAUAUCGCCUUCGCGCCUUCUCCGCCUAUCUUGUGUCUCCGACUCGGCUCUUCCCAAUGGUGGUUCUGUCCUGGCACAAUUGCAGAAUGAUCAUGCCAAGUACUCGACCGAGUACCUCUUCUCGACCGACAGCUGCUUGAUGGGCAUCCGCGGUCUGUACAACUUUGGUCUCGAUCCCCGCACCAUCCCUCGGACCACAACUCCCAGGGGCAAUGUCGUACCCAUCGACCCUCAGAUCGGUCGUCUGAGCGCUGGUGCCGAGUUGUACUUUUCUCCACUUAACAAGUCUGGCGGCGUAUCGACUGCCAUCCGCUUCACCACUCUGCCCUCCCACACAGGCUUCCCUUAUACCAUGGCCUUGACCAUGAAUCCCCUCAUGGGCAACAUUUCCUCCAGCUACGCCGUCAAAGCUGGCUCAGACGUGGCCUUGAGCUCCCGCUUCGACUUCAACAUUUACAGCUACGAGUCCGAUGUUCAGCUCGGCCUCGAACUCUGGCGACGGAAGCCUGAAGUCCUAGCUGUAGAAGAUAAAGAGCCACCACCGGCUAAAGAGUCGGUCUUGGAAACCAGGAUUACCAAAGACCUGCUUCAGCAAAACAACACACAGGAAGUCGAUAGUGUGUUCAAGGCGAGGGUCAACCAACAUGGCAAGAUUGGCGUGCUCUGGGAAGGCCGCAUCAAGGAUCUGUUGGUCAGUAUAGGUGCAGAUCUCAACUUGAAGAGAAGAGACAAUAUCAUCGGGUCAGUUGGUCUGGAAGUCUCGUAUUCUUCUUGA